AUGUCCACUGCCACUGGUAUUCAAAUUUCGAACAUGAUUUGUGAAGUGAAAUCCCUCACUGAGGCUCUCAUUGCACAACAAGCAGGAGUGGGUGCUUUACUGGUCAUGUUGGAAAGAACACCAGCCACAAGUAGCCAACAUGGUUGUUCCUCUUUGAAAAACAUUGAACGUUGUUGGAAUGUGAAUUAUCAAUUAUUACAUGAAGUGAAAAAUCAAUUUCCCAAUACACCUAUUAUUGCAAGAAUAAGAAAAGGUCAUUCAGUGGAAGCCAAAUUGUGUGAGGAAAUGAGUAUUGUCAUACUCGACGAAAGUGAUGAAAUGAAUGUACAAGUGAGUGACGAGUUUGUUGAAAAACCAAAGUCAAGUUUAACCACCACUGCAUUCACUCAAACCAUCACAGAAACUGAUCAUCAUCCAUCUUUCAUGUGUGCUUGCAGUGAUUUACCAGAGGCUCUUCAAAGAAUUCAUGAAGGAGUAAACAUGUUGAGAACGAGAGGAGAGAUUUGGUUCAAGUCAACUCUCCGAGAGGACCAGAUUGGUUCUUAUUCUUCUUCCUCAUCAUUGCUGAACUGCAUGACACAAAUUAAGGAAAUAUCCAAAAGUGUUCUGAAUGUUGUUUCCUUCAAUGAAGAGCAAAUUGAGAGUUUUGCGUCACGAGAAGGAAUUUCAAAGAAUCUUGUACUUGCAAUGAGACAACAACAAAAGUUAUUGGUGCCAUUGUUUGCCUAUGGUGGAAUUUUGAGUCCUGCUGAUGUUGCUUUGGUGAUGCAAAUGCCAAACGUGAGUGGUGUCAUAAUUGGUAAUGAAAUAUUUGAGUAUGAAAAUCCUCUCAAGUUAUUGAGUUGCAUGGCUCAGGCAGCUAGGUUGCACAAAAAUCCCUCUCUGCUUUUGCAAUUAAGCUUGGAGUUUGGCUCACUUCAUCAUCAGCAAACUGUGUCUGUCAGUACGCUCCAACCCAUUCAAGCUAAGCAAUUAUUGGAUGAAAAAGGGACAUCACAAUCUUCACCAUCGACGGAGUCAUCAUCAACUCGACCAUUCGCAGAACAUCACAAACCUAUGGAUAGUUCUCAUUUACGCGAAGAAUUUAGCAGUGUUGUUGCCAACAAUGAUUUCAUGUAG